AUGAAUAGUACUAACUAUAUACCUACAGAAGUCGAUGGCAAGAUGAACAAGCUGCAAAGUACAAGUUCUGGUGAAAUACAUCAAGCUUCGCCAUUAACUACUGAAGAAAUAUUUCAUAUUCUUCGUCACGAAUCAAUGCAGGUAAUAACUAAUGAAGGGCUGGCUCGUCGAGUAUUCUUUUGGCUAUCUCUUUUUUGUGGUCUUGAAGGUGGCGACGCCGGAAGAAUUAAUAUUGGCGACAUAUCAAGGAGUAAAGAUGGUGGACUUUGUCUUGGAUUUACAAAUCAACGUGAAGCACGAAAAUUUCUCAUUCCGCCCGACUCACCAAAUAAUUAUUUUAAGCCUGUUCAUGACAUUAUAUUCAUGAUCGCUUUGCGACCAAACGAAGCUUGUGAAUCUUUUUUCUUGGAAACAACACGAGCGAAAAAGGAUUUACAAGAUAAUAUUUGGUUUAAAAAAAGUGCAAUGGGAAAAAACAAACUAUAUACGAUGAUGACAAAAAUAGCAGAACUCACGAGUGUCUAUUUUGAUAAUGGGCGUAAAAUUUGUAAUGAACCGAUUCAACGACUCGAAGAUCUUAAGGAGGAGGAUUAUGAUGAUAAAGAUCAUUCUCACAUUUCCAAACCAUCACGUAUUCCUCGACCCUCACGAUCAAGACAACAUUCUGCACCAUCACGUAUUCCUCGACCCUCACGAUCAAGACAACAUUUUGCACAAUCAAGAACACCUUUAACUGAGAUUUCCAAUCGCUUCUCACCUCCAAAUGCUCAAGAUAUCAUUAAUACAUGUAAUAAUGCAAUUCGUGAUAAAGAAAUCCACUAUCAUUUCCAUUAUCACUUUGAAAAAUAA